GGCUGCCAGCUCAGUGUGGGCGUGCAAAAGAAAAGCUUAUCAUCCCCAAGUCCCUAUCCUCUUUUACCCCCGCUCAUCUGCAAAUCGCGCCAUUAAUUCCCCCGAAAGGAGAAGUCGCGCCAUUUCAUUUCCUUGUCAGUUUAGGGAUAAUGAAUGGUAUGACAAUAUACAGUCAAUCACAGAUGAUACUUUCACCACCGCUCUAUCUCAGCUCCACCAUUCGCAGUAAUCGAUCUGUUUCUCUUCGAUUCAAAUUUGGAGUUCAAUCAUUCCUAAAACCUCUUCAGUCAGAUUCAAAAGAAAUUUAUAAUCAUCACAGAUCAUCUGUUAUUGAAAACAGUUUAAGGGUUUUGGAGUGGGAUAAGGUUUGUGAUUGUGUUGCUUCUUUUGCGGGUACUUCUUUAGGUCGUGAAGCAACUAAGGAACAAUUGUGGUCAUUAAGCCAGAGUUAUGAAGAGAGUUUGAAUCUUUUAGCUGAAACUACUGCUGCUAUUGAAAUGCUUAAGUAUCGUCUUGGUGGUCUGGAUUUUACAGGCAUCAACGUUGCUAAGGUGAAAUCUGCUCUUCGGCAUGCUAUGAGGAAUAUGCCAAUGCAGGGCAAGGAAGCACUUGCUGUUGCUUCCCUUCUACAGUUUACAGAGAUAUUGCAGCUAAAUUUGAAAGUUGCAGUCAAGGAAGAUUCAGAAUGGUACAACCGCUUCCUGCCUCUGACAGAAAUGAUAACGGGUAUGGCUAUUAAUCAAUCAUUGGUUAAGUCAAUAGUACAAGUCAUAGAUGAAGGUGGUUCUGUCAAAGACUCUGCGAGUAUAACCCUCAAGAAAUCCCGUGAUAAAGUACGGACAUUAGAGAGGAAGCUGAAUCAACUCAUGGACAGCUUAGUUAGGAAUGAACUGAAGGGGACUUCUUCUUUGGAAGUGAGUCAUAUAAAUGGAAGAUGGUGUGUGAAAUCAGAAGCUGACCAACCUAUAAACGUCAUGGGGAUAUUGCUUUCUGGUGGUUCAGGUGUUGGAAGCUUGGUGGAGCCAUUCUCUGCCAUUCCAUUAAAUGAUGAGUUGCAACAAGCUAGACUUUUAGUUGCCAAGGCAGAGGAAGAAGUCCUUAUGAAGUUAACGGAGAAGAUUGAGAAAAACCUGGAUGAUAUUCAUAAUUCCUUGAAUACUGUAAUUCAACUUGAUAUGGUAGUUGCUCGUGCAAAAUAUAGUCUUUCUUUUGGAGGAGCAUUACCUGAUCUAAUUUUCAUGGAAGAAAAGAGUGGGUGUUCCACUGUUGAUCUCCAUCCUACAGGAGACAAAACUGUCAAGGAUACCUUGUCGUCCGACUCCACUCAGAGGCAAUGGACACUAUAUCUGCCAAAUGCUUAUCAUCCUCUUUUACUUCACCAGCAUCGACAGAAUUUGGAGAAAGCCAAAAAAAAUGUCAAAGAUGCAAAAGAAAAGAUAGGCAUGUUCAAGUUUAGUUCUUGUACCUUGGUUUACGGGGAAACCAGAAGGAGAAACCAAGAGGAAUAUAUGUCACUUGCAGAAAAUUUAACUGAACACCUUCCCUCUUUAGAAAUGCAGGUUAUUAAACUGGAAGAAUCUCCUCCUGUUCCUGUCGAUUUUUUUGUUGGAAGGAGAACUAGAGUCUUGGUUAUAACUGGCCCUAAUACGGGUGGUAAAACGAUUGGCUUAAAGACAGUUGGUCUAGCUGCAAUGAUGGCAAAAUCAGGCCUGUAUGUAUUAUCUUCUGAAUCCGCUCGAAUACCCUGGUUUGAUGCUGUUUUUGCUGAUAUUGGUGAUGAACAGUCAUUGUCCCAAUCUUUAUCUACAUUUUCUGGUCAUUUGAAACGAAUUAGUGGAAUCCAAGCAGAGGCUACGCAUAUGUCACUAGUGCUUCUAGAUGAAGUUGGUGCUGGAACUAAUCCAUUAGAAGGAGCAGCACUUGGGAUGUCAGUUUUAGAAUCUUUUGCUGAAGCUGGAGCAUUUUUAACAAUAGCAACGACCCACCAUGGCGAACUAAAAACCCUCAAAUAUAGUAAUGAUGCAUUUGAGAAUGCAUGUAUGGAGUUCGAUGAAGUCAAGCUGAAGCCUACUUAUAAGAUACUCUGGGGGAUACCAGGACGGUCCAAUGCAAUUAAUAUUGCUCAAAGAUUAGGGCUACCCAACAUUAUUAUUGAUGAUGCCCGUGAACUUUAUGGAACAGCUAGUGCGGAGAUUGAUAGGGUAAUUUAUGAUAUGGAACAGUUCAAGCAAGAAUUUCGAGACCAUACUCACGAGGCACAACAUCAUAUACGCCUCUCAAAAGUGCUUCAUGAGAAUCUGUUAGCCGCCAAGCAAAGGAUCACCGAACAUGAGACAGUGCAGAAAUACAAGAAAAUGAGAGAAGUCUAUGAGGCUGCAGCAGUAGCACGUUCUCUAAUUCAUAAGAAAUUACGAGAAUUUCGAGCAUCAGUCACCAAACAUCCUCAGGGUACUCCAGCAACUAAGAGUCAGAGUGUUGCAGCAGAAAACAAGCAACAACAUCUAGCAGAUAGCAUGAAUCGAUCCCAUUCCAACAUUAGUGCUGAUUCCAGUAAAAGCAUCAAAGAUUUACAAGCAGAAAAAAGGAUUCAGUUCCCCAAGGUUGGUGACUGGGUACAUGUACAUUCACUCGGUAAGAAAGCGAUCGUGUUAAAAGUAGAGACAUCUAAACAAUUGAUUACUAUCCAAGCCAACAACCUGAAAUUGAAGUUGAAACUAAGUGAUAUACAAGCCUGAGAGGUAAUAUUAUGACAACCUGAACUCCAUGUACUAAAUCCCAAACUUCAUAUUCAGCUAGGUAGAAGUUCUUGAAACCCAUUCUGUAUGAGGACAUUGAAGUCCGAGAAAACAACGUGUGGUCAAAGAAAUGAGGAAGCUAUCCAUAUAUAUAUCAUCGUCUUAUAUAAUUUAGUAUAUUUUUGUUUGUAGAAUUAAACUUGCACCUGUUUCUCUAUGAGGGAGUAACCAGAAAUCAUCUGAAAGAACUUUGAAGAAGAUCACUCAGAUUGGUGGAACUGUAAAUAUUUUUCUCUCCAUUUAAGGCAUUAAUACUGGUCUUUUUUAUCUUACAUGCAUGCCAAUUGUACCUCAAAUGUUCGAACUAAAUAACAUAUAUGAAUAAAGGUCAAGAAACCGAGGGUAUUACUCCUUA